AUGUCUCUAAGGACUACGCCUCACGAAUUACAUCCCUCUUUCAACAAUACUUCUCCACCAUUCAAUACAACCGAAUCAGAAUGCCCAGAAUGGAUUCGUUCUCUUCCAGCAGCAUUUCAGAAUCGUAAAAACCCAUGUCCUGAAACCAUCUUUGUUCCUCUCAUUACCUCAAUCUUUCUUUUCGUGUAUGGUCUGGUCAUUAUGGCAUGCAUGAUUGGACUAUACAAGAAACGCAAGAGUGGUCAUGUACAAGCACGAACGACCUCGGGAAUGUUAUUUACUCUCAUUUGUAAUUUGUUAUGUGUCGUGAGUUUGGGAGUGAGGCUCAUCAUUGGGAGAGAAAACUCACCAUGUCUAUUGUAUAGUAUUUACUUUUUCAUCAUGCCUGCCUGUGUAACGACACCGACCAUCAUGAGAAUGUUGAGGUUUUUCAUUCAGCAUCAAGUGAGUUUGAUCAAACUGAAAUCUGUAAGCAAAGGCUUUCAGCAGCCUUAUGAUGAUACUUCUCUAGCACAAGAUUUGAAUAUAGACUUGGAGUCUUCUAUUGCUACAUCAAUGAAGCCUUCUCCCUCUCCUUCAUCAACUACGGAGAAGGAUCAACGGGCAGUUGAGAGAGUGGAACAAUUCAAUACGAAAUCGUUUACUUCAACUCUGGUACAGUCCACCAAGGUUGUUGAAAUUUCUCCACCGAGUCAACCACAAACUUCAUUGCUGAAAACAGGCAUAGAAGGAAUCAAUUCGUCUCUUCCGUCGUCCAAGAAAGCUCUAUUCAAAAUGAAUCAACUUCUCUCGAGUCAUCUCUUUUCUUCAUUCAUUCUCCUCUCGAUUUUGCUCAUUCACAUAUUGAUUUGGUUCGUUAUGGGAGUCGUUGAGAAUAAUUUCUUUGAAAAUUCUCGAUUUUUCAUGAAAGAUCAAUCCAUGUUCAGUUUAUAUGGAUGUUUAUCAUCCAAUUCUCCAAACAUUGUUGCUGUGUCCAUGUUUUUAUUCUAUUUCAUAUUGGAAUUAAUUAUGGGUCUGAUUUUGCUUUUAAAAACCGAUCGAGAUUUGUACAAUAUUAAGAGAGAGGCGUUAAUAUUGAUACCAAUCCAAUUUUGUGUCGUUGUGUUGUUCAUGGUUGCCGUUCAAUUUGAAAUAUUUCAAUACCUGGAAAGAAUUAUUCCAAUGGUAAUGCUGUUCAUAUUUUAUUCGAAAUGUGAAUUGUUUAUUACCAUCUUUCUUCCUAUUUGCUAUGCUUUGGUACAUGAUUAUCAACGUUUGGAAAAAUCGACGACGACCUCCUUGAACAUUCCUAGUGGGGCAGUUGGUGAUAUAACUGAAGGUUCCAAUUUCACUCAUUCCAUUCAACCUCAAAGCGAACUCGAGAUGUUACUUGCGAAUAAGGAAUCCAAAGAAAUUCUUCUCGAUUAUUGCAGAAGAAGUUUUUGUCCAGAGAAUGUCUUGUGUUACUUGGAUAUUCAAACGUACAAGGCUUUGUGUAAAAAACUACUAGUGCCUAGUCCAAAGAAAGCCAUUCGAAUGACUUCAAUUGCAGAUGAAACACCUAUCACGCAGGGAAAAACAUGUCCGAAAAAGCAAAUGGCACUCCAUAUUAUCAACACGUAUUUGGAAAAGAAUAGCCUCAACGAAUUGAAUCUUCCUUCUAAUUUCACCUUAUUGAAGGAACAAUUGUUAGUUGCAAUUAAUGCCCAUUCAGAACAGGAAAUGCCUGAAAAUUUAUUUGAUUCCCUUCAAUGUAUUGUGUUACAAAACAUGGAGGAUGUGUAUCAUCGCUUAAUUCGUUCGAAUGUGCGAUUUAAGGAAAUUGGAGAUGAGUUCUUUCCAAAGAAUCGACAUCGUCUUGAACCAACGAAUAGUCAAGUUUAA